AUGGCGGUGUAUAUAUUUAAAGAGCUUCCUGGCCAGCAAAAGAAAGAGAACGAGGACAAUGAUGAGAAUAUGGGAACGUAUGAAGGGAGAUACACAGGAUUAGGCUACGUUAACAAGAAGAAAAAAUCAGAGAGAUGGUUCAGAAGCUCCAUCUCCAACACAAGAAAAUUCUUCCAGAAAACCAUCGACAACUUCAAAUCAUUUUUCUCCAACAAUGCUACCUAUCACAAACUACCUAAAACACCUAACAAUACCUCUAUCAACGAUCAUCAUCAUCAAAACCCAAAAAACAUUAUAUCAUCAUCAUCGACAUCAUCCGUACCUAAGCAGUUACAGCCUAAAUCCAGAGACUAUGUGACCGAAAACAGUGCUUUGGCUCAACCACCGAGAAGAGGAGACAGAAAUGAGACUCUCUUUUCGAAACCAAAGGUUGAGCUUAUUCUCCGAAAGCUACAAGAGAUGGAGGAGAUAAUGAAUGGUGAUAUAAUAAAUGAUGAGGAACAUGUCUUAGAUGUUCGGGAGAUCCUCGAUUGCUACUCUCGUCUUCGUUGCGCUGCUUACCUCGAUGUGGUUGAAAAGUUUUUUAUUGAGGUCUACUCUGAUUUGUUUAGCACUCAACCUCUCGAGCACACGACUAGCGUGGCCGUUCAAUCACGUUACCCUUAA